AUGACUAAACCAGCUACACCAAAAAGGAACCCCGAAAAGGAGGAGCCGCUCAAGAAAGCUGCCCCGAAAAUUAGCAAGCAAUACGACGACUCCAAGCAGUUGAUCAGCAUCAAGGGCGUCUUAAUUUCGCUAGUAUUUUCGUUUGUAUUCGCCUGUGCUGGAACUUACUUAUUCGCCAAGCCACUGAUCGAGCCCGUUGGAUAUAGCCUUCCUCCCGCCCCUCCAUUUGAAGGCGCCCUGAAGCAAAAUGAGGUUCUUGCCAAGGCAGAAAGGCUGCUGCUCGAUCAGAUCUACGGCCCCGAAUCGCUUGCCAUCCACCCGGUGUCCGGGCGGCUUUGGGCCAGCAUGAAGACUGGGUUGAUUUGUGAGAUUGCGCUGGAUGGGGAUACGCCCGAAAUCAAGCGUGCGGUUUCCCUAACGAAUUUCACGGAUUGCGAUGGAUCCUACACCACGGCUUCUCGUUGCGGUCGUCCGCUCGGACUACGCAUCACUCCUAAAGGCGAACUACUAGUAGCUGACGCUUAUCUGGGACUCUUUUUGAUAGAUUUGGAUCGAGAAAAAGUAUCCAAUCUAUUCGCAAGUGGCUCCGAGGUCAACAACGACUUGAAAAAUCCAACUCGCUACCUCAACGACUUGGACGUGCUUCCGGAUGGAAGGAUCGUGAUGUCAGAAAGCAGCCAUCGUUUUGAUGAUCGUGACUUCUUGCUCGAUCUGUUUGAGCACAGACCGAAUGGGAGGAUCCUGACCUUCAAGCCGUCAACCGGGGAGCUAAAGGCCCUAGCCAAGAAUCUGUAUUUUCCGAAUGGAAUCCAGGUCUAUGGUAAUGAUGUCAUCUACUCGGAAAUGGGCAUGGCCCGGAUACAGCGAAUAAACUACAAGACGCUGGAGACCGAAACAAUUGUCGACAACUUGCCCGGAUACCCUGAUAACCUCAGAAUGGACAAGCUUGGACAGCUUCUCGUCCCGAUUCCAACAAUCCGUGACUCGUUUGAUGCCUGGCUGGCCGAGCGCCCCGGAUUGAGGGCUUUUAUCACUACGGUGCUCUCCCCCCGCGCGCUUGCCUUUGUCGCCGAGUACUUUACUACUCCGUACGGUCUCGUGCUACGCGUCGAUCCUCUGACCGGAAGAAUUAUCGAAUCUUACCACGACACCAAAGGCGAGACCAUGCCGUCAAUCUCAAUGGCACUUGAGACGACGGAUGGCAGACUCUAUCUCGGAUCGGACACGAAUUAUUUCCUGGGAAGACUGGAAAACAAGUAUCUCUUCAAGAAGAACCUAUUU